AUGGGGUUGCGUUACUCCAUAUACAUUGAGAAUCCUUUAUCUUCCCCAUCAUCGUCAUACAAAUCAAUAAACGACCCAUUAUUUCAUUCCCAGCAUCGAUCACAGAAAAACGUAAGCUUCAUCACUUACGGCUGUAGACAUUGCAAGACACACCUUUCUAGUUCUUUCCAAAUAAUUUCUAGAGAUUAUAGGGGUAAAACCGGCACUGCCUAUUUAAUGAAUAAAGUUGUCAACGUUGUCGAAGGAAAAGUUGAGCAACGCAGAAUGUUGACUGGCGACUACUUGGUUUGUGAUAUCCUUUGCCAUUGGUGCAAGAGGAACGUCGGGUGGAAAUACUUACAGAGCAGCAAUGAUGACCAACAGUAUAAAGAAGGUAAGUUUAUUUUAGAGCUGAAGAAUAUAUGCAAAUGCACUUGA